AUGGUCCCGACGAGGACAGAGGCGCACCCGGGACCGACCAAGACGCAGCUGCUGCCGGCCAGGACGCAGCUGCUGCCGGCCAAGCCGCUCGCACGCCCGACCCAGCCCCGAAGACACGGUUCCGAGAGGCCGCUGCCGUCAGCACGGCCACCUUCAACGAGGCCACCACCCGGCAGGCCAGGAUCAUCGGCAGGAUCAUCGGCAGGCCCAUCGGCGGCGGCGGCGCGGUCACCGUCCCUGAGCCAGCCGUCGUGCGACCACUACAGCAUCAGCUCGGAGGCGUCGACGCCGAGCCGCGACCUGCCGCCGCCCAAGGACGAGAUCCUGCGGGUCAAGGGGCAGAUCUACCGCAAGCCGCAGGACUUUUGCAACAACCAGAAGAUCGCGUGCCUCGACAUCUUCCACGAGGCGUCGCUCGCGUGCCGGCGGGCGACGCCGAACCAGGCGCAGGAGCGGGCGUUCCUGCACGGCCUCUUCGAGAACGGCUGGCGCAGCGAGCUGGGACCGCCGGCGGCGCCGAAGCUGGCGCGGCGGCAGGUCACGCGGACGCGGCGCGAGAUUGGCAUCAUCAAGGAGGACGUGCUGCCGACGCAGAAGGGCAAGGCGCAGAGCGACGUGCGGCGCAAGGGCGCGUCCGUGUUCGCGCGGAUCCGGGUCAGCGACGACGGGCGGCUGGCGUGGGGCUACAGCGACGCCAACAACCGGCGGUGCGGUGCCAGUACGUGGCGUGGGCACGGAGGAGGAGGGGGCGCGGGCGUACGAGGAGGCGAUCGCGGCGUGGGACAGGGCCGAGGUCGAGCGCGUCACGGGGUUCAACAUGGAGCUCGCCGUGUACCUGGCGCGGCUGUGGACGGCGCACUGGAAGCGCUGCGGGUACCCGACGCGGGUGCCGGUGCGGCACGGGGGCGAGGGCUUUGCGGCGUUGGUGAGCAUGGCCGAGCUGGUGCGGCGGUGACCUGGCAACGAGCGCGGUGCUGGGUGAGGGGAGGGUUCUGA